UGUACUGCGUGGAUGUUUGUCAGUUUGGCGUCACGGGGAAAGGAGCGCGCACAGCAGCGCAGCGGCGGCUUCGCUCUGCACUGAAAAACCGUGCAACUGGGGCAUGCGUUCACUUUACACAGCGGACCAACAAGCUGGUGGAGACCGUGGCGGAUUCACGGGAAUACCGCGACGUGUCGAUUUUCUGUAAUAAACACCGGAUUACUGGAGGUGGGUUCGGGGAAGAUUUUGGGUGUUUAGCGAUAAGGAAACGUAGAAAUCACAGAUGUGAAAAGGUGCGCUUCACCUCGGGCUUUUUUUCUCUUUUCUUUCUUCCUCUUCCACCUUUGAUAAUCUGAUUUUCGUCCGGAUCCAGUGAAAAUGCAGCCUGUACCUGACAGAUGUGUGGCACCACAGCUGCAGCCUACAGAUCUGCUGUGGUUGGCUGUGGAGGACUGAGAUUGCUAAAGCUGCAAAUCACAUCAUCAGCAUCAUCAGCAUCAACAUCUGCCACUUCAAACGCGACAAGACACAGGAGGACGGAGGGUGCUUUUUGGAUGAUCAAAGACGGAGAAGUCAGAAAGUACCUGUAGACGAUGACUCCAGCGGAGCUGUUUGCUUGAAAGCAGCAUGAGAUAACUGGGGGCUGCCACGCUAAUCGCUGAUUCAAGCUUUUUUCCGUUUGGCAAUGAUGAAAAAGCCCCUCUUUGUCAGCUGACUGACAGGGUCGCAGUGGUGCUCUAGCACAGGACGUUGCCAGCAGCCGAAGCGCAGACACCACAGAGGAGAUGGCUCGUCCGGGAUCCGGGUUGCUGGUGCCCGUAAAUGGGCUGGGGUACCCCCCUCAGAACCUCGCCAGGGUGGUGGUCUGGGAAUGGCUGAACGAACAUGGACGCUGGAGGCCCUACACCGCAGCAGUUUGCCACCAUAUAGAAAAUGUGCUGAAGGGGGAUGCCCGGGGAAGUGUAGUUCUAGGACAGGUGGAUGCUCAGCUCUCUCCUUACAUCAUCGACCUGCAGUCCAUGCACCAGUUUCGACAAGACACGGGCACCAUGAGACCAGUCCAGAGGAACUUCUAUGAUCCGUCAUCUGCCCCAGGAAAAGGUGUGGUGUGGGAGUGGGAGAACGAUAACGGCUCGUGGACGCCGUACGACAUGGAGAUCUGCGUGACCAUCCAGAACGCCUACGAGAAGCAGCAUCCCUGGCUGGACCUGACCUCUCUGGGCUUCUGCUACCUCAUCGACUUCAACAGCAUGUCUCAGACCAACAGGCAGAGCCAGAGAAAGAGACGCCUGCGGAGACGCAUGGACCUGGCCUACCCGCUCAUCAUGGGCUCCAUCCCCAAGUCCCAGUCCUGGCCUGUGGGGGCCAGCUCCGGCCAGCCCUGCUCCUGCCAGCAGUGCAUCCUGGUUAACAGUACAAGAGCUGCCUCUAAUGCCAUCCUGGCCUCCCAGAGACGUAAACUCCACGGGGGGACGGCGGGCAACGCAGGCGUCGCAGGGACCCAUACUGUAGUGCGGCAAAGCAACACCUUCGCCGGGACUUCGUUUUGGUCUCCAACAUCCAGCUCCACCGGCACAAACAACAAUAACAUUAGCCUGGGAGGUGGACAAGCUAAAGCUGAACAGGUGCAGUUGCCACUGUCCGCUGCCAACUUCCCCUGUUCCCCCGUGAUGCCAUCUCUUUCAUCUGCCCAUGGCCACCACGCUCUCACCAUUAACGGACAGAACAAUCUGAACCGUCCGGGCACCCAGCGCAUUUCCGUGGGGACUGCCAGAGGAGCCAUCCCAGCAGGGGUUCCUGCACUCCCAGUUAAAAACUUGACUGGUUCUGGACCAGUGCACCCAGCCUUAGCAGGUAUGACAGGUAUCCUGAUGUGCGCUGCAGGUCUGCCUGUUUGCCUGACUCGAGCACCAAAACCUAUACUGCACCCACCCCCCAUCAACAAGAGCGACAUGAAACCUGUGCCAGGAAUCAACGGCAUGCGCCGCAAAACCAAGAAAAAGCACCUAAGAAGAGGAAAAAACCCAGAAGAUGUGGUGCGAAGAUACACUGAGAAGAUUAAAGUGGUGCCAGAUGAGGACUGUACCAUCUGCAUGGAGAGGCUGGUCAUGUCAUCCGGCUAUGAAGGCGUCCUGCAGCACAAAGGCAUCAAGCCAGAGCUGGUGGGCAAACUUGGCAAGUGUGGGCACAUGUACCAUCUGCUAUGCCUGGUGGCCAUGUACAACAAUGGCAAUAAGGAUGGCAGUCUUCAGUGCCCAACGUGCAAAACCAUCUAUGGGGAGAAAACAGGCACGCAGCCCCCCGGGAAGAUGGAGUACCACGUCAUACCACACUGCUUGCCAGGCUACCCAGACUCAAAGACCAUCCGCAUUGUCUACGAUAUUCCUGCUGGGAUCCAGACCAAUGAGCACCCCAACCCUGGGAAGAAGUUCAGUGCCAGAGGGUUCCCUCGACACUGCUACCUCCCUGACAACGAGAAAGGCAGGAAGGUCUUGAAGCUGCUGAUCAUGGCCUGGGACCGACGCCUCAUCUUCACCAUUGGCACAUCCAGCACCACAGGCGAAUCGGACACCGUGGUGUGGAACGAGAUUCAUCACAAGACGGAAUUUGGCUCUAACCUGACCGGUCACGGCUACCCCGACCCCAACUACUUGGACAACGUCUUGGCAGAGCUGUCGGCCCAGGGGAUUGGCGAGGACAAUCUAAAGGACUGAUGGCCAGCAGAACUGGUACACUGAAACAAAACCCCCCAUGCCCCGCCAUCUCCCAGAGAGCGGGAACACUGCACGAUGGGCAACAUGCGGCCGACAACGCUUUACUCCCCACAAACAAAAAUAUCCUGCAGAAAGGGUGGCUUGGUUCUGAUCAAAGUUUUUGGUUUGUGUAACCCAGGCAAUCUCCCUCCCCCCUGCUGUCUCUAGAUCCAUGCCUUGAGCAAGUUUUGUCUGUUGGCAAAGUCUCUCAAAGUGUAAAUGAUGCAAAGAGAUUCUUGUCUGAAUGUUGGGACCUUGAGGUGAAAGGUAUUUAGCCCUUUUUUCGAGUCACACUGAUGCUGUUUUUUGGCAUUCAAAGAAAAAUGACAAGGGGCUAAUAACUGUACACAGGCAUAUCUGUAAAACGCUGAACUCCAGAAUGCAUGGCCCCGACUAACGCUGCAUAAUGAAUGUCGAGCAAACACACGCGACAGGGUGAGCUGUCAGCGGAUCAGCUGUUGCUUGGUAUUAUGAAGAUUUAAGAAAAUCGCAAAGAAAUCCAAAUUAACUAUUUCCCUCCCCCCCAGUUUACUUUUAUAGUGAAUUCAUUACAAAAGUUGGUUGUGCAUUUUUGAAAAAGCAGGUCAUGCCUCCGGGGUGAUGUCAUUUAUGGUUAAUCUGAUAUUUUCCACUUCUGAUAGGUCAGUGUAUUUUAUUUUCUACGUACGGAAGUAUGUUCUGUAGUGCAUGAAGUAGAUUCCAGAGAGCUUAAGAUUUAGAAGAUUAUUGGUGUUUGGUAACAAUUGUGUGUUGUAUGGUUAACCUUGUGGACAGUCUGUGAGAGGAGACAUAAAAUAAGAUGAAACAAGCUCUGCUCCAAGGUUUAACUCAUUUGUUUAGUUGACACGCUGAUGACGAUGACCUCUGUGAAUAUAAAGGCUGCAUUAUUAUUAUUCCUGUUGGAGCGAACCCAGGCGCUGGCACAAUCCAUCAUGCUGACCGUACACAAGGGAUGAGCGUGCAAUCGCGUGCUCGGAGGCAUUAAUAAGCUGGCUUUAAGUCCUUGAGGAGAGAAGCUGAACACACAGAUGGACGUUCCUCUGUCUUUCAAACACCAACAGCUUUCCCUUAGAGAUCCAUUUUCGGGGGAGCUUCUCCACUCGCCUGCAGUCUCUUGUGAGCUUGUUUGCCGUUUGUUGGCGUUGUACUUGGCUCAAGUGCCCGCACAGUGAGCAGCCGAGUCUCGGAAACGAGCAGCAUCUCGUCGCCUUCGUGAGCUCACUUUGGAGUCGUUGGGGCGCUUCCCGAUGUAUCUGUUCACCCCCGCUUUCCGCCUCCUCCUCAGCUGUGGAGCACUCGUUCUACAAACCAUGCAAAUGUUGGUCGAGUGUGUUGUUGGCUGGGGACUAUUUUUUCCUACGCCCCACCCCACCCCCCUUUAGACUUCGUGCCCGCGAGCUAAAGACUUUUCGAAGGUCCUCGGUGGAGAUCUUGUGAUGUUUAUUUACUCUGCGAUAAAUUAUAACCCAGAGCUGCAUAAUUCUCCAUAAAUAUGUCUGAUCAAUUUUAACGAGCGGGAGCGUUGGUGUCAGGUUUAUUAAGGGGUCACCCAGCAGCGGGCUUGAUUUUGGGGUUAAUCAUAGUCUUCCAUAGCACUUUGAGGCAACAUUUUUGUUGAUUAAGUCAUUUGGUUUUUAGAAAAAUGUCUUAAAUUGCAACUUAAUCUUUUUUUAAGUUGAUGUUUAUAAACUGGCUUGCGAUGCUUUAACUAUAUAUAUAUGAAUAUAUAAAAUAUAUUUGCAGAUGUCAUAUACCUUUAAAUUUAAACUCAAUUUGAGUCAAUGGUGUAAGUUUAAUUUAUUUUUAUACUCUUCUAUAUAGAAAAUAUACAGAUUGUCCCACAUAUCUGUACACAGGCACAUGAACAUGAAUACAUAAAAUCUGGCAAAAAAAUUUGUCAGGAUGUCAGGGACUGAAACAUGUAUGACUUGUUAUGGACGUCUUAUAUUGCAAGUAGUCUUAGCGUAUUCUGCUGUCAUGACCUUAAUGUAGACCUUGUGUAGUUGAUCCCCGUGGGACACAAAUAAAUACAGUAAAUGUGUCUUUAUUAUUGGUGGGGCAGCUUUAGCGGCAUGAAGAUGGCCCAUGUUGGCCUUUUUUUUACACUUGUCCAGAACGUGGGAACGGAUGUUGUUAGCCAUUUUUUGUUCAAGCUGAAGGUGAAAACAGCCUGGGUUCAAGAUCAAAUCACAAAAUAUUCUUAAGAGGUUUCUCUUAGUUAGGUGUGAGUCACAAACACAAGAAUACACAGAGUUCUGUCCUUCGUCACUUUAAAUUCUUCCCCUCCCUCCUGCAGUGCCAUGUCAGUGCUAGUUCAGAACUAGUUUUGCAUUAUAUACUGUUGCGCGGCAGAAAAAGAGGAAAUCACAGCCGACAGGAUCUGCGGGCUACAUCUGCAAAUCAUCCAUGAAUUUCUUGCUGUGGAGCCUCCCGUUGCCACUGACAGCUAUUUUGUUGUGGCGAGGCAGUGCCUGCUUUUUGGCUCCAGUACCAGUCCCAUUUUAUUAUGAGAGAAACAUGAAAAAGCUUUCUGCAUCAAGCGCUAGCACCACAUCAGUGGAAAAGUGCUACUUCUAACCCUCGCAUCAAAGCACAGCAGUGUGGAAAUAUACAUUUAAAUGUCAGUGAUGCCUCAGUCGCAGCCACUGUGUUGGUAAAGAGAAUUUGCACAUGCAUAUGCAUACCCAGUGUUUUUGUCAGGACUCCAUUUACAUCUGCAAUUAAAAUAAUCACAGCUGUUUGGUUUGCAACUGCAGUCUAAGCCAGAUACAUGGAUUCAUUAUAAAAAUGCUUUUCAUACAAAUGUCUUGAUCUCAUAUAGAUAUUAGGAAAGAUAUUUAAUGUUUACAUUAAAUAUAAUUUAAUAUGCACUGCUCAAAAAAAUUAAAGUAAGACUGAAAACACGUCAGAUAUCAACGGCAAAAAAGUUAUGCUGGAUGUCUACACUGAUAUGGGCUGCAUAAUGUGUUAGGAAUGAAAGGAUGCCACAUCAUUUGAUGGCAGUCAGGGUGUCGUUGCCUGGCCUGUAGAAGUCAGCGCGUCCCUCAGAUCAUCACUGACACAACACCAAACUGAUGAUGCUGAACAGUGUUACAGGCACCAUGGACCUGCCAGUUCUGGCAUUCUAUGGCAAAUGCCAUUUGGGCUCCAAAGUGCUGGGCAGUGAGCAUAGGCUCCUGUAGAUGCCUCCUGUCAUGCCUCUCUGCUGGAGGUCAUUUUGCAGCUCUAGAAGUGCACAACUGUUCUUCCUUGCACAAAGGAGCAGAUACGGGUCCUGCUCAUGGGUUAAGGACCUUCAAGGCCAUCUCCGACUCUCCUAGAGUAACUUCUGGACUCCUGAGCCAGUGAUGGGAGACACAGCAAACCUUCUGGCAGUAGCACAUAUUGAUGCACAACCCCAGAGGAGCUGGACUACCUGUGCAACCUCUGCAGGUUAAUGUAACCACUAAUGGAAAAGUAGUGAAAAAAACUGUCAGAAAAGAUGAUGAGGGAAAAUGUUUAUCUGUAAAACUGUUGCUGUUUUGUCUCAUUAUUGCCCCUCUAGUGCAGCUGUUAUUAAUUUCAUUGACACCUAAGAGGUGAAACGUGGUUAAUAAUACCGACCGCUGCUGCAUAACUGAUCAGAUCAAUAUCCCAGAAGUUUAUCUGACUUGAUUCUGUACUCUGAAAAGUGUUCCUUUAACUUUUUUUGAGCAGUAUAUUUAAUAUAAUUCAGUCUCAAUGAAACUUCUACUCAAAUUUUUAUCUUGAAAAAUCUUAAUAAAUAUUGCCACACAUUACUAAAAAUUGCAUAUGCAUCCAUGGACUACCCAAAGUUUCAUCUACAUAUAGCAUACACCAUCAGCCCAUUUCAGCUGGCCACAUCCCUGCUGCAGUGUGGCAACGCUAAAGACACAAACUGGUGUGAGCUGUUUAUCCCAAACUUAUAAAUAUAUUUUAAUAUCUUUUGUUAUUCUGUUAAAUUCCACUUUCACUAGAUGAGUAGUGGAGCCUGUGUUGUCUGUGAGCUAGCUUCUCCAUUUUUCAAAAAGGACACUUUUGUGGCUCUUGCUUCUCAGGCAUGAAUUUUCUUGAAUGCAGCUGUUGUUAACCUUCAAAGAGAGCUCUUCUUCACCCAGGGGUAACAAACAAAAGAUUUAAAAUCUAUCCAAGAAGCCAAAAUCACAGGCAUAGGUCACAACAAUCACUGUAAUCACUUUUUAAAAAAAGGUUAAGGCAUUAAAAUACCACUGGGUUGUGUGCACACAGCAGGAUGCCAACAGAAACUGCUGGAUUACUUUAAAACAAGGUUUCAUUAUGCAUGUGACUCAGCCUGCUGAAAACUGCUCCCGUGUAAAACAAGCUGUCAUUGUGUAGCUUUUAGCUACAGUAAGCUCUUAAAACCCAAAGAAUGGCAGAUGCUACAACUCGCUUGUGAUCACUGUGGAGCGUUUAGCAGCUAAAGCGCUCGGACUCUUCAUUCAUCAGGAGGACAGGAUCAUGACUCUAAAUGAAUCGUGAGCGAAUCACCGUCCUUAAGACCAAAUAAGUCAGUUGUUGCAGAUUUAAGUAUUAAUAUCUGUUUAAAUAUUUUAAACCUGUAUAUUUGUUUUCAGGGUCUUUUAGCCACAGCUCUGUGUUUGUGGUAUGGUAUAUAGUAAACAAACUACUAAGAGUAUUUCUGAGUGAUUUUUGACCCAGGCGCUGGAAACAUUCACAUUUUUGGCCUACGUCAACUUUUCUCCUUCGCACAUUUGUGACACCCUUUAUACAAUGGGACAGCAAAAGAGAAUGGUACCGAUCUAUCAGGGAACUUUUCCAUGUGAAGUGAAAUUUCGUUCACUAGAGAAAUCCAAAUGUUCGCUUCUUCAGCUUUUUCCUUUUCCACGUGUCGGUCUUGUGUGAACGACGCCCGGCCCUUUAGACUUUUCAGGUGUGUACAGAUCUAUGUGGGAAUGAUGUAUAAAUCAAGGUUUUGGUAUUUGUCCGGUUAAACAAGAAAGAGGUGGUUUUUAUGCAAUUUACUAUUUUUAAAACCUAAUACAUGAUUUACGUGUAGCAAGAAGAAGGCUGAUUGUUUUUGGUUCAAAAUGACAAUGGAUGUUUUCUUUAUGGGGCGCCUGCCUCUGCGUUUCUAAACAGAGAGGUUGCAAUCCAAGGAUGUUCACAUGCUAUGUAUAAAAAAAACAUAUAUUUUUGAUGUCUUUUUUUUUCAAUGAUUGUCUCUAAAAAGAACUAUUAUGUAACAUUUGCUGUAUUGCUCUUCAUCCCAUGCUAUUCCAUUAGAGGUUAGAGGUGGGAUCGGGGAUGAAGUUACUUUGUCCUAACAUAUGAAGUAUAUAUGAAGUUGUACUCUCGUAGUGUCUACUGCAAACUGUACUUCUCUAUCUAAAUGAUACCUUACCAUUUUUCUGUGGCUAUGCUGUACGUUUGUAUCCGUCCGUGUGAAUGUGUGUGAAAGUGGGAGUCUCGUAGACAAAGCUUAAGUUCAUGUACUUUAAAGAUACAGUAACGUUUCUUAGAGGUGCAUGUUAACCAAACAGUGAGCAAGCGUAUUGACAGUGCAGAGUUUUUCUUGUUUUUUGCAUAUGAAAACAUGUUAGCUUCUCUAGAAACCCCACCCUGGUUUUCUGGUGGUUUAGCACUGUGGUUCUGAAACUUAUUCCUAUUAGUUAGGGAUUUUCCCUUUUUAUCUUUUAUUUUUUCCCCCCUCUGUAUUGGCUUUGAUUUACACAAAUGAGGAAACGAUAGCGUUUUGCUGCUUUCCCCACUCUUUCCACGACAUGUAAAACAUCUGAAGUUUUUCAAUUUAAGUGCCCAUUUUAAAUUACCUUUCCAAGUCACUGUUUUUGUUGUUUAAUCUUAGGCGGCGUCUGUAUAUUGUUAUUUAAAAUGGUUCACGGGACAAACUGAGAUAAACUAAAAGCAAGAUAUACAGAGACAUUGAUUUAACUAUAAAGGGCUUCUUAAUCUAUUGGUCUUUAUUGAAUUGUGAUGACCUUGUUGCAUGUUUGUGUGUUUUGUUGUGGAAAAAUAAAUGUGCCCUUGACAGGG